AUGUCGACGGCUAAUUUCGUUAAUAGCAAUAUUUCUCAUGCAAACUUUUAUCGAGCUCAUAUUGAGGGUAGUAUAUUUUUCAAUGCAAAUGCUAGAAUGAUUAAGAUGUCUUUUAUUCUAUCUGAAAAGGCUACUUUUUCUAGUAUACGCUGUAUUAACGCUAACUUUCAGCAUGCAAAUUUACAUAAAGUAAAUUUUGCUGGUGCCAAUGCCCGAGAGACAAUAUUCACGAAUGUUUAUCUCUUGUCUACUGCUAAAUUUGUAGGUUCUAAUCUUCGUAUGGCCACCUUUACGGAUACAGAUAUAUCGAUUCAAGAUGUUAAAUUGCCCAGUGGAAUACUUGGCACAGUUUCAAGUUUACCUAUCAAUGGUAAUCCAGAUUGCAAUCGAUCUGUUGAAAAUAUUUGGAAAUUAAGCGAUCCAGAAUCCAUUAUCGUAGUACUAUCAAACAAUGAUAAAGUUCACUGUAUAUUUACUAGAAAAAAUAAUACUAAAAGUGCCAUCAACAUGACGCAAGUAGUUAAUAUCACAAAUUCUUGGAAUUUAAAAUAUUGGAAUAACUCACAAGCAAUAUUAAUCGCCCGUAUUUCAACGAAAAUAAAAAUCUCUUUGAUUGGUAUUACAAGUGAUAGGACAUUUGCAGAGAAAGUUACAGGUGAGUUAUUCGUUGUUCAUCUAGCUCAUUUUCUAUAA